AUGUCUUUGCCUCAGCGGCCGGGGAAGAAUUCCCCACAGAGGGAUGAAACACGCUCUGCAUUCCGAGAACCUUCACGGAGGCGGCGACGGGAAUCGGGAUCGGGAAAGACGGAUCCUACGAGCCCAACUUCGACACAUCGACAUCACCGACACCACCGAAGACACAGUUCCCGAACCCGGGGCGAUGUCGACGAGGAAAGGGGCGAGACAGGCGAGGCGGUUACUCGGAAAAAGAGUAUGGUGAAGCCGGAACGCAAUCGGGUCGAUUCCAAUCCCGCCAACUACCACUACCCCCAACGAACCCCGAACAUGCCCCCUUAUAAUUCGACGACGGGGGCGGAGCCGCUGAUCGAAGGAGAUGGGGAGACAAAUAGCUCCCAGAGUAUGGAGUCGAAGCAGCGCAAAGACGCCCUGUACGGUGCGCAUGGCAAUGUGAACAAGCCGAUGGAGCGGGUCCCAAGUCGACGUCGGUCCAAGAAACGGAAAGGUUCGCGAAAGAUCUCCAAGAAGGAGGCCGCCGCCGAAAGACGGAGGCAGGAGGCCUUGGAACAAGUGCGACCACCUAGCCCGUGGACGACUUACUGCGCAGUCAUUACCUUCUGGGCGCCGGACUUCCUCCUCAAAUGCUUUGGGAUGCCACAAAAGGCCCAGCGAAGUGCAUGGCGUGAGAAGAUUGGUCUCAUCAGUAUCAUUCUAAUGAUAGCCGCGUUUGUUGGUUUCCUCACCUUCGGUUUCACCGCGACGGUGUGUGGAAGCCCGCCAACGCGCUUGAAGGUCAAUGAAAUUGGCAGUGGUUACAUGAUCUUCCACGGAGAGGCUUACGACUUGUCCGGCUCAAAGCAUCCGGCCGCGGCUGGGAUUCCCGCCAACUCCAACGUGCUUUAUGAUCUCCCACACAAGUAUGGGGGCCAAGACGGAAGCUUCUUCUUCCAAGAGGUCAAUGGAGCGUGCAAAGGGUUAAUUACACUAGCGGAUGGGUCGGAUGUGCCAACUAAUUCCAAGGGGGAUCUGGCGUGGUACUUUCCAUGCAGCGCCUUCAAUCAGGAUGGCUCCUCGGACCCGAACCUGACAACAUCGUAUUAUCCUGGCUGGGCAUGCCACACUUCUCGAUCAGCGCGGCAGUCGUUCUACUCUCUAGACAGCUCGGGUGAUGUCUACUACACCUGGGAGGACACGAAGAACAAGAGCAGAAAUCUCGCAGUAUACUCCGGGAAUGUUCUGGAUUUGGACCUUCUCCGUUGGUUCAACACCUCUCAGGUUUCCUACCCGUCCAAGUUCGAUGAGCUGCGUGAAAAUCCCGACAUUCGGGGUGUCGAUAUUACCUAUUACUUCCAGACCGGCGAGGACAAGCAAAUCGGCCGGUGUUUAUCUCAAAUUAUCAAGGUCGGCAGUAUCGAUACGGACACGGUUGGGUGUAUUGCGUCUAAGGUCGUUCUUUACUUGGCCUUGAUCUUCAUCCUGUCCAUCGUUGUCCUCAAGUUUGCGUUCGCGUUACUAUUCCAGUGGUUUAUAUCCCCUCGACUGGCGGCCCAGAGAACGAGCAUGGGGUCUGAUUCGAAAACCCGGCAGCAGGAAAUUGAGGAUUGGUCCAAUGAUAUCUAUCGACCCGGUCCCCGUCUGGCGGACAGUAAUCUAGCUCCCAGCAAGCGGGCUAGUUUCUUGCCGACCACUUCCCGUUUCUCCACGCCUUACACGGUGAGCAACGGUGGCAAACAAAAGCCUCAGUAUGUCACGAUGGCGAGCCAGAAUUCCACCACUCGCCUCGUCCCUAGUGGUACCUCUCACUCUCUCUAUAGGCAAAGUCAUAAUAAUGGCAGCAACAACACCCUGAAUAUCGACGGGGCUCGCCUCAAUCCCUCUGCUAGCAGGACCAGCCUGGUUCAGGACUCGCGCUAUUCAACGGGUGGCCUGGAGACCGAGGGCCUUGGAUCAGCCGGAUAUAUUCAUGAACUGGUGGUUCCCCAACCGCCCCCGGAUUGGCAGCCCUAUGGGUUCCCGUUGGCUCACACGCUUUGCUUGGUUACUUGUUACUCUGAAGGUGAAGACGGUAUUCGCACGACUCUGGAUUCCAUCGCCAUGACCGACUAUCCCAACAGCCACAAGACCAUUAUCGUGAUUUGCGAUGGUAUGAUCAAGGGGAAGGGAGAGCAGUUCUCUACGCCGGAAAUCGUCCUUCGCAUGAUGCGGGAUCCUAUCAUCCCCGUCGACGAGGUCGAAGCCUUCUCUUACGUUGCCGUUGCCACGGGCUCCAAGCGUCAUAACAUGGCCAAGGUCUAUGCUGGAUUCUACGAUUAUGGUCAGGAUUCCGUCUUCCCCCCAGAGAAACAGCAGCGCGUCCCGAUGAUGAUUAUUGUCAAGAGCGGAACCCCCGCCGAAGCCACCCAAUCCAAGCCGGGCAACCGAGGCAAGCGUGAUAGCCAAAUCAUUUUGAUGUCUUUCUUGCAGAAGGUCAUGUUUGACGAGAGAAUGACUGAGCUUGAGUUUGAAAUAUUCAACGGGCUUUGGCAUGUAACCGGAAUACCGCCGGACUUUUACGAGGUCGUGCUUAUGGUCGAUGCGGAUACCAAGGUUUUCCCUGACAGCCUGACCCAUAUGAUUUCCGCCAUGGUGAAGGACCCCGACGUGAUGGGUCUGUGUGGUGAGACGAAGAUUGCCAACAAAACGGACAGCUGGGUGACUAUGAUUCAAGUGUUCGAGUAUUUUGUUUCUCACCAUCAGUCCAAAGCCUUUGAAUCCAUUUUCGGUGGUGUUACGUGUCUUCCUGGAUGUUUCUCGAUGUAUCGUAUCAAAUCGCCUAAAGGAGGUCAAAACUACUGGGUUCCAAUUCUUGCCAACCCCGAUAUAGUUGAACAUUACUCGGAAAAUGUUGUGGAGACCCUCCACACGAAGAAUUUGCUACUCCUAGGCGAGGAUCGAUAUCUCACUACGCUCAUGCUCCGCACUUUCCCCAAGCGCAAGCAGAUUUUCGUGCCCCAGGCGGUUUGCAAGACAAUUGUCCCGGACAAAUUCAUGGUUCUGUUGUCCCAGCGACGCCGUUGGAUCAACAGCACCGUGCACAACCUCAUGGAACUGGUCUUGGUCCGUGAUCUGUGCGGAACGUUCUGCUUUAGUAUGCAGUUUGUUAUUUUCAUCGAACUGAUCGGAACGCUUGUCCUUCCUGCUGCCAUCUCAUUUACUAUCUACGUUAUUGUGUCGUCUAUUGUUCGGAGGCCCGUUCAGAUCAUUCCUCUGGUCUUGCUUGGGCUGAUCCUCGGUCUGCCGGGAGUGCUUAUUGUCGUGACAGCUCACCGCCCAGUUUACCUGCUGUGGAUGUUCAUUUAUCUCCUGUCGCUCCCGGUCUGGAAUUUCAUCCUCCCCACAUAUGCGUACUGGAAAUUUGACGACUUCAGCUGGGGUGAGACGCGAAAAACAGAUGGCGAGAAGGAUAAGGGCCAUGAAGACGGCGAGGGUGAGUUUGACAGCAGCAAGAUUACUAUGAAGAGAUGGCGCGAUUUCGAAAAAGGUACCCCUCUUUCCCCGCCUCUCGAGGAGAAUAAGACGAAGGCGAAUUUGCUAACUGGAAUAGAUCGUCGAAUGAGGAUGCAGGCGGGAUAUGGACAGCCCGGGAUGGGAGGGCAUGCGAUGCCUUAUGAACCAUAUCCGGAGUACUAG